AUGUUGCCGUUCGCGAUGACUGCGUUCCGCGACUGCGUGGAAAUGUUGCCGGGUUAUAAGCCUGUAAGGGAGUUGAUGGAGCAAGACGAGUCGCUCUUGGAGACGCUGCUCGGACUGCACGAGAGCAUAGAAAACCUGAAGGCCCGUCGACAAAAGGACCCCGUGCGAUCGGGUCGAGGUCGGACUAACCGGGAUCCCGACGAGGACGUGGAUCUCGACUUUGACCAGGAUCAUGACGACGCUGCGAGACCUGUGAUGACCCCGACGAUGGACGACCAUUUUUCUGACGACGUCGAUGACCACUGCGAAGAUUCCCGACUCUGGCCCGCUUACGACAAUGACGACAGCGCGUCUGUCUGCUCUGCGUCACUCGCCUUGUCGGGCAAUGAGCAAGACGACGACAACGUCGAUAAACCUGAAUUCCGAGGGUAUUACUCCAGGGGUUUCGUCCGACAGCGCGUUUCGUACCCGCCGAUCGCCCGGAACCGUGUCUCCAAUGCUGGCAGUCCCGAGAAAGCGCGUCUGUCGACUGACGAAGGUGACAAGACGUCGACACCCAAAAACCCUCCGUUUGAAGAUGCUGGCGAAGAUGUGCUUCCGUUUCCUGAUCAGCUGCCGACACCGACACCAAUGGACAAGAAACGUCAUGAGGUGUUUGUCUGACGUCUUGUGUAGGAACAAGAAGGACGAUUUAACCUACCGAGUGAAUUCACCUUCUGUGAGGAGUCCUAGAUUUAUAUCCCGAUGACUUCUGGUCCUUUUUUUAAUUUGAAGAAACCGGCGGAUGUUCUGGAAACUCGUCUUGGAAUAGUCAAAAUUUGUGUCCUGCUCUUGAAUGAGAAAAGGAAGGUGUAAACAAAACAGUUACUAAAAGUGUUUCCUGAA